GGGAAGACUGUGCGCUUGGGAACGUUCCGCUGUUGGAAGGAAACCAAUCACAGAGUUUUAAGAUGCGGAGUGACAGACGCGCCGGCGAAUGGGGUUCGACAGUGGGCGCGGUUAUGAGUUGUAGUACUGGGAGCCGGUGUGGGAGGCUCAGAGGAGUCAGUGGAGCAGGCCGUGCCCAUCGCCAGCUGUGAAUGAGGGGCCCAUGUCUGCAUGCCCUGCCCUGCGGCUCGGGAGGAGUGUCCUGCGCUUAGGGAGAAUCCGGGCACAUUUAGCCAUGGCCUCUAACAGCUUCUGCCAGGGGGCCCCGACCCAAGGCUCCCAUACUGAAGAUGGAACUGUGACUGCUGGGAUCAUUAUCAUCGGCGAUGAGAUUCUAAAGGGCCACACACAGGACACAAACUCCUUCUUUAUAUGCAAGAAGUUACGUACCAUCGGGGUUAAAGUCAGUAAGAUCUCUGUGAUCCCCGACGACGUGGACAUCAUUGCUAAGGAGAUAGCGGAUUUCUCCUCCCUUUACACCUACGUACUAACGUCGGGCGGCAUUGGCCCCACCCACGAUGACGUGACGUUCGAGGCCGUGGCCAAGGCGUUUGGGGAGAAUACGUUCCCUCACCCGGAGCUGGUGGCCCUGGUGCAGAAGUUCUUUGGCCGGACAGACGCGGGGUGCCCGGAGAUGAAGUUGGCACGGAUCCCCGUUUCCUCCAAGCUGAACUACGGCACGGACAAGAGGACCGGCGACAGCUUUAAGUACCCGCUGGUCAGCGUUGGCAACGUCUACGUGUUCCCCGGGAUCCCGUCCCUGAUGGAGAAGUCCCUGGAGGGGCUGGACCACCUCUUUCGCAACGACAAGACCCGCUUCCACUACCGGGAGGUCUGUGUCAAUGCCGACGAGGUGGCCAUAGCCGGGGUGCUGGGCGAGGUGAAUGGCCGCUUCAGGAAGCACGUGAGUCUGGGCUCCUAUCCCGACUGGAGCAACAACUACUUCCGAGUUCUGCUGGUGUUGGACUCGGACUCCGAGGCGCGUCUGGAGGAAGCUCACAAGUUCCUGAUAGAACAUCUGCCCCCCGGGGUGGUGGUGCCAUUUGUAAAGGAUCCAGUGACACAGGCGGCAGCCCAAGUCUAUCAGCUUGCCCAGUCAGGCUCGCCCCUGGGGGACAAGGUGGCGGCGGCACUGCGCAUCCUGGAGGAGGGGCUCGACACUUACAGCCUGGACAAGAUCUGUGUGGCCUUUAAUGGGGGCAAAGACUGCACGGCCCUCCUGCACCUGUUCCACGCCGCUGUACAGAGGAAAUACCCGGAGCGGAAGGACCACCUGCAGGCGCUGUACAUCCGGAUCGUCUCGCCCUUCCCAGAGAUGGAGCAGUUCAUGCAGAGCACGACCAAACGGUACAAUCUCCGGAUCUACACCAUCCAGGGGUACAUCAAGCAGGCGCUUAUGGACCUGAAAGCAGAACAACCCAAUCUGGAAGCGGUUCUGAUGGGCACCAGGCGCUCCGACCCCUACUCCCGGACACUGACCCCCAUGUGCCUGACGGACCCCGACUGGCCCCAGUACAUGCGAGUGAACCCCCUACUGGAUUGGUCGUACGGAGACAUCUGGGACUUCCUGCGGACUCUCUACAUUCCCUACUGUAUUCUCUAUGAUAAAGGUUACACGUCUCUGGGCAGCAUGGAGAACACCGUGAAGAACCCGGCCCUGCGAUUCACCACCCCGGGGGGCACUGAGAGCUACCAGCCUGCCUACAAGCUGGAAAAUGAGGAGGAGGAGCGAGUCUCCAGGAACUUACAGAUGCCCUCCGACUGCCACGUGGAGUAGACACCUGUGCCCUCUUAGCCGCGGGCUGGUUUGUGUGCCACAGCUCAUGGGCACAGCCAGCCAUUGGGGAGGAUUUGGGGGUUCAUAGAAGUGUGUAGGGGGGGGCAGUGAGAUAUGUUUAACCCAUUCUGUGCCUCUGGACUCGCUACUCUAUAAACUCCUCUGGAACUGGCACAAUGGCUCCCGGGGGCCCUCCUGCUGGGUCAGCGCUUCUACCUCAAGCUGUCAGCAAUGGGCUGCCCCCCACCCCCCCAGGCCAGGGAAGGUUUGCUGAGCCCAAGCUA